GAGCCUCCUCGCCCGCUCAUUCAGACCUGUGACUGCGCGCUGCUCUCUCUUCUGGCGCACUCGAAGCGUGAUCUUCAUAGCGCGGCUCCAGCCGUGCUCUCCCUUCGCUCGCUGCGCAAUAGCGUAAACAGAAGUAAAAGGCAAGGCGACCGACCCUAUCGGCUGUUGUUACGUGGUCGCGCAGUGCGCGAAACAUCGUCCCAGUAACCGCGUUGCUCUUCGUCGAUCCCCUUCUCGGUGCCAUGUGCGAACCAACAAUGCUCCUGUCACACACUUCCGUCAUCCAGAAAGGUCCCAGCGCGAUGGGCCCCAGUGCACCGAGCAUCGCAAGCGGGGGUUCCGGCCGCGGCAGCGCCGACCACGUCAAACGUCCCAUGAACGCCUUCAUGGUCUGGUCGCGGGGUCAGCGCCGCAAGAUGGCCAUCGAGAACCCCAAGAUGCACAACUCGGAGAUCUCCAAGCGCCUGGGCGCCGAGUGGAAGCAGCUCACAGAGUCCGAGAAGCGACCCUUCAUCGACGAGGCCAAGCGUCUGCGGGCGUUGCACAUGAAGGAGCAUCCCGACUACAAGUACCGGCCGCGACGCAAGCCUAAGGCCGUCCAACCUGGCAGCCCCGGCACUGGAGCAACCACGACGCCUCCGAGCCCCGUGACAGCUGCAGCUGCGGUGGUUGCAAAGCCUUUGGCAUCGAUGGCCCCCGAGCGACCCUUCUUCGGCUACGAGUCUCCCUUCAGCCGCCUGGAGAGCGAGAAGGCAGCCACCGUGCGCUCGGCUUUACCGGUUGGAGCCCUUCCGCCCGUCUCCGCAUCCCAGCACUGGUUAAGCUCGAGCCUGGCCAAGCUCCGGGGCGACCCUUCGCCGCUGUACUACAAGAGCGAACUGGCGUCGCCAUCACCUCUGUUCACCUCGCCGUCUCCUCCCAGCUCGGCGAGUAGCUUGCUGUGUCCGCUGCCGCCUCACGGACAGAGCGGCUUCAUGCCUUGCCCGUGCCCGCCCUACUACUCACCAGCGGCCUUUCACCCAUCCUUCCCAUGCUUCCUGCUCAAGCCUCACGAAGGAUUGGGACUCACCAGGCCUCCCGCGGUCCUUGCCACGUCGCCCAUGGCAUGAGACACCGUAAGCGGACGACGAUAUGUGACUUCGUCAGCGCCAAGCCAGAAGCCAAGGUGAAAACCUUUUCUCCGGGUGAGCCGAAGAUUCGCUUCUCCUCUGUGUCCUCCAGGAACAUGACUUGGACUGACCGCGAGCAACGAGGAGAUGCCGAAAGACUUUUACCAAAAAGUAUGUGAGCAGUCCGCUGUAAUUUACGCGCUGAACUCUUACUUCGCCGUUUUGUACAUAUUAUUUUUCCUCACGACGCGAUGGACGUUGCCACUCUUGUAAAUACGGUACGUGUAUUAUAAAUUAUGUACACUUCCCGCCAUAGACGAGGGACGAAAGGACUGCUCAGCACUGUCGGAACGCUUUCUAGUCCUGCGCGCUGCACGUGGGGAUUCUCAAGAAAAGGGGCGCCACGAAGUCGCCGUCCAGACCGGCCUUCUAAGAGAAGCAAAACAUGCCUCUAAAGGAAGCUACGUGAACAUAGCAAAACGUGUGAGACGAAUAAGGCUUUCGCAACGAAGGAAAAAAGGGCCAGGAAUAAUAGGCCGGCUGGCAGAAAAAAAAAAAGAAUAAACACCCGCCACUCAAGCACUAAAGAAACGAACGGAGGACAAGAGCAAUUGACUCUUUGUGGAAGGCAAGGAGGCCACAAAAGGCCGAGAACUCGAACGGAAGAGUGGGCCGCUAUACACAACGAGGCGCCUCGGCUUUUCAAGAAAUUACGGCAUUCAUCAGGCCACCUGUCAGCGCCGCCAUUCAAGGCGCCGCGCAUUUUCGCUGCUCGCCGCAGACUUGAGCGACGGGCAAGCGCUGCGCCCAUGCAGAAGCGAGAUAGACGAGCGCGCUUCUUUCAAACAACUGGAGUGAGGCGAGCACUAACAACAGACAGUUGGAGCUCAACUGUCCCUGCCGAACCUCGUCUUUCAAACAGUCACUUAUAACGACUCGUUGAAUUUCCUGGCAGAACCACUUGAAACGAAAGAAGAAAAAAACUGAAGAACGAAAUAACCCUCUUGGAUACAAGUUUGAGUGACCAAGCUCGAAAGGAUGCCGACUACUCCAAAGUUCUCGUUUCCUCUGUGAAGCCUUCAAAAGCCCUCGGACUCCGUCCCACAUCGAAUUCGUCACAAACAAGAACGCUCCGAGACAAGCUUGCGUGCGACCACAAAUCGUCGCGCGGACUUCCCCCGCCGGUUGCUGUGCCCAAGGCAUGCUAUAAGUCUCUUCGAGGAGCAUCGUUCUAAGAAACGCUGCAGCGGAUGCGUUUGAUGCUGCAGUGCUUGGCGGCAAUGUGCAACGCUAUAAGAGGACAGCGCAUUAUCUCUGCAGUGUGUGAUAAAAGAAAACAAAGUUCCUUAUCCUGCAAAGCACGCGUGCAAUAAUGGACAAUAAAACUGGGGAAGCGGCGGGCAGCUCAACCGUCGUUUUCCUUAUUUUUCUUU